UCAACAAUUUUAGUCAUGUCGGGGAUGUAAUGUCAGUGAACAGGUAGAGCUCACCUCAUCUGACUGUAAAGAACCAAAUAGGUCUUCAUAAACCUUCUAGUUUAUACACAGUUAUGUCUGGUAGACCCCGUCAGAAUGGACCUGCUCAGGCUAAAGCUUUGCAGUUCAAAUUAGUUCUUUUAGGAGAGUCUGCAGUUGGAAAAUCAAGUUUAGUACUAAGAUUUGUAAAAGGUCAGUUCCACGAAUACCAAGAAACCACAAUUGGAGCAGCAUUUCUCACCCAAACUGUUACUGUAGACGGAGUUACUGUUAAAUUCGAGAUAUGGGAUACAGCAGGACAGGAAAGGUAUCACAGUUUAGCACCAAUGUACUACCGCGGCGCUCAGGCUGCAAUCAUUGUGUACGACAUUACGAAUCGGGACACAUUUGAGCGAGCUAAAUCCUGGGUUAAAGAGCUGGACAGACAAGCGAGAAAAGAUAUCGUUAUCGCUCUGGCAGGCAACAAGUUCGAUCUAAGUAACAAACGCAUGGUAGAAGUUGAGGAGGGCAGUGCGUACGCUCAAGAACACAAUCUCAUCUUCAUGGAAACCUCUGCCAAAACCGGUGACAACGUUUCAAAUGUCUUCGUAGAAAUAGCAAAGAUGCUGCCGAAGGUGGAGCCAAAACCUGCCAACAAUGGACAAACAGUACGAAUAGACAGUGAUCAACAAGCAGCCAACGGGGGCGGCUGCUGUGCCAAAAACUAAACCCCUCAAAAUAUUUUGUGUGAUGUAAAAUAAUUUUGUAGGAAUUGUCUUGUUACAUUAAAGGAGCUGGAACUUUAUGCUUGUUUAGAAUUCGUCAUAUUUUUACAUUGAUAAAGCAGCUGAAUUAUGAUUACUGGACUAACAAUGUGAGAUAUUUGGUAAAUCAGUGGAGUAGUACUAGUAGCUAGUAUACUUUCAGUAUCAUGUGUUACCUAGUAGUACUAGUAACUAGUAUACUUUCAGUAUCAUGUGUUACCUAGUAGUAUAAGUAACUAGUAUACUUUCAGUAAUAUCCUUCUAUUUAAAGUAUAAGCUUACUGAUUGCCAGGUUUCGUGUGUCUGCUACAGCUGUUAGACACAUGGAAUUGUUAGACACAUGGAAUUUGGCGAGCAAUGUGAACAAAGUAAAGAAAUAAGUAAUAGUUCUCUUUCCUCCUAUUACUCUCACUGUCUGUAAUGUCCUGUGCAUGUGUUUUGUGUCGAAGAAAAUUAAAAUUUAGAAUUUUAUAUGGUUUUGUACAAGGUAUACAACGAUAUCUUUUUUCUUUUAAUCGAAAAUUUAGAUAUAUUUACUCCGCUAUAUGAUAUGCCUUCUUAGUUCAACUUAAUUUUGUUUAACUCAAUUGUAAGCUGGAUCUUUUAAGUAACGGACAUAUUCAACUUACUGGUAACGAACAGCCAUCUUAAUUCUUUAAUAGAAAGGAUUAAUUUUGUAGAUUUAGUCCAGGAAAUGUUGCUCUAUAUUUUGUGCAGGAGUUUGCGAAACUGUUAAAACGAUCAAUAUACUAAUAAUAAUAUAACAUGUUAUAGCCUAAUUUUACAACUUUUCAAGUGAUGGAUGAUUUUGUUAUUAAUUA